AUGGAAUUUAACUUGUCGACUUACUUCAAUAGUUUUGAUGUGGAAAAGGAUUAUUCCAUAGACAUAUCGGAUAUUGAUUCCAAAUUAGAAUCAGUUACAAAUUCACUAGCCAACAAUCCAGAAUCAAUAAACUUUAACUCAGAGCUCCUAGAAGACUUGAUAGAGCUUACACAUGGGUACAAGACACUUGAUUUGAAACAUCAGAAGCAAUUAGCGUAUUUAAUAACAUCGUCUCUAAGUACGAUGAGCCAUCAAUGUUCGAACAGUAUUGAAAGUGGGGACUUUGUUGAUUCGAUUGAUACUUUUAAGGCAUGCUUAGAGAAAUAUGGCUACUUGUUAUUCGUGCUAUUGAUAUAUUUGGGUAAAGAGGACCAUGGGCAAGCACAUUUGAGUGGUUCAAAAUCGAAGAGUUCGUCCAGCUCCCAGGCAAUGGGCAAAUGGAAAGCAAAUUGCACGCAAGUCGAAGAUGCAGUAGAUGUCAUAACCAGUAUCGUCAAAAUUGACUUAUCAAAGAUAUUUGUAACCACUCCAGAGAAAGACUUGUUUAUUGAGUUAUUUACGAGGCCAAUGUUUCACUUGAUGGAAGUGCCGGAGAGAAUGAAGGUGAAUUCAAUCAGAAUGCUCAUGUUUAAGAGUAUUGCAAAUUUAGUGAAAUUUCAUGGUCAUGCAAGUGUCAUACAAAAUUCUGUUUUACAAUCUCUUAUGUACUACACUCAUUUACCAGGUUACAUGGCAGAGUUACUACAUAUUUUGGAUGAACAAUACGACUAUAAUGUAUUAACGGAAGAAGUUCUCCGUGAAAUUUCUCUGAUUGAGUUCAACUCUAACGAUAGUAAUGGACCGAAGUCGAUAUCUGAAUUCUUAAUUAAAUUGUCCGAGUUAAGUCCAAGGCUAAUUUUGAAACAAAUGUCAUGUAUUGCCCAAUUAUUGGAUAAUAGUAACCAAACAUUGAGAUGUUCUGUUGUCGAAACAUGCGGUAACAUUGUAGUAGAUAUCAUAAAGAACCAAGAGGUUAUGGGUGAAUCUUCAGAGAGAAAUGAUAGUCACAACAGUAAUCAACAAAUAGAUGGGCUCUUAGAUUUGCUUCAAGAAAGGUUUUUAGAUCAGAAUCCAUAUGUCAGAACCAAGGCUAUACAGGCAUUGACGAAGAUAUGUAACUUGUCAGUUAAAUUCACUGCAAGAAGGCAACAAAUUGUUGCUCUAUCUGUUAGAUCACUUGAUGAUAAGAGUACUUUGGUCAGAAGAAACUCUAUUAAAUUAAUGUCGAAGCUUGUAUUAACCCAUCCUUUUUCUGCCGUUCAUGGCACACAACUUUCUUAUGAGUUUUGGAAAUCUAAAUUGGACGAAGCUGAAGCUGAAUUAGAAAAGUAUAUUCCUGUUGCACCAGAAAAGAACAAAAGACUAAAUAAAAUAUCGGAGGAUGAAGAAAAUGACGAGAACGGUGAUGAUAUGGAAAUAGAUGACGGAAAUGAAGAUAACGAUAAAGAAGAUAAUGCAAGUAAUGCAGAUAAAAAUGAAGAAGCUAACGAGAGUGAAUCAAGUAUCGAUCACGAUGAGCUAAAUGCUUCCAUGAUAGAACAGGAACAAAAUUUACCAGAUACAAAUGUUCUAGUUAAAGUAAAGCUUACCGUUCAAUAUUAUCAAGAUGCAGUUGAAUUUAUUGAAAUUUUACAAAGUGGUACCAAUAUUGUUUCAAGAUUACUUUUUUCAAAGAAUAGAAACGAAGUUUUGGAAUCGAUGGAUUUCCUAGUUCUCGCAGAUGCGUAUGAUAUCCAAAAUGCAGGGUUAGGUAUUCGUCGAAUGCUUCAUUUGGUGUGGAUGAAAGGUUCAUCAGAUGAAGGUAAGUCAAUUUCAUCUCAUUUAGUUGACUGUUACAGAGAUUUGUUCUUAGUUGCUCCUUCUGAAUAUUCUCUUCCCCAACAGGCAGCUCAUAUUGCUAAGAAUUUGAUUGAAUUGACUUUUGCGGCGUCAGUAGCCGAUUUGGCGUCAUUGGAAAAGUUACUUUGUUUUAUGUACGAAGAAAAGUUAAUAAAUCAGGAAGUAAUCAACGUUCUUUGGCAGAUAUAUAGCUUUGCUGAUCAAAAUUCACAACAAAGUGGUAAUCCUAAAUUUACAAAAAAACAAUGCCGCGGAUCCAUCAUUAUCUUAGGCAUGUUAGCAUUGGCCGAUCAUGAGAUCGUUCUCAGAGGCCUAGAUGCUCUAUUAAACGUUGGUUUGGGUGAUAGAGGAAGAAGUGAUUUGGUUUUAUCAAGAUAUUCAUGUAUUGCAUUGCAAAGAAUAGUUCCACAUGUAUCGAAAAACAAGGGAAUCGUUUCUUUCAAAAUUGCAAGAGAAGAUGAAGCCAUCGAAAAGUUAAAAGAAGUACUUCUAUCAUAUAGUGAUGAUCCAGAAUGGUAUAGUGUGGCCGAACAAGCAAUCGGUGCUGUCUACCAGGCAUCAAGCAAACCAGAUGAGGUUUGUUCGAGCUUAAUUAAAGAGAAAUGCAUUAUGGUCUUUGGUGAAAAAACAGCAAAUGAAUCAAAGGUUAUCGCAUUAUCUCAGCUUCUCUUCAUAGUGGGACAUGUCGCGAUAAAAACUAUUGUACAUUUAGAGAAGCUAGAGACUCAAUUUAAAAAGAAAAAGCAUGAGGCUGAAAGUUCAAAGAAUAAAGAAUCAGAUAAUAAUGAUAAUGAAAGUAAUGAUAAUGAAUUGGAAAUGAUCGGUGGUACUUCAGAAGAUGAUUUCACUGAUGCUGUGGUUUAUAUCAAAGAAAGAGAACUUUUAUAUGGUGAAGGAGCAUUACUUGCCAAAUUUGGACCAUUAGUUCGAGAAAUUUGUUCGAAUAAUAAAAGGUAUGAUAACGAGUCGUUACAGAGAUCAGCAGUUCUAUGCAUGGCCAAGCUUAUGUGUAUAUCUUCCAAAUAUUGUGAGGAUAACUUGCCAUUAUUAAUUACAAUCAUGGAAAAAUCACCAGAUCCAAUUAUCAGAUGUAACUGCGUCUUAGGCCUAGGUGAUAUGGCAGUAUGCUUCAAUAACUUAGUCGAUGAAAAUACCGAUUUCUUAUACCGCCGUCUUACUGAUAGUAAUAUAAUGGUACAGAGAACGUGUCUUAUGACUGUAACCUUCUUAAUUCUAGCAGGACAAGUUAAAGUUAAAGGACAAUUAUCCUCUAUGGCUAAAUGUCUAGAAAAUCCUGAUCAGGGUAUCAGCGACAUGUGCCGUCUUUUCUUUACUGAAUUGGCAACUAAAGAUAAUGCCAUCUACAAUGGUUUCAUCGAUAUUUUUAGUGGUUUAUCAAACGACGAUAGUCUUUCUAAAGAUGCAAUGAAGCGUAUUGUUAAGUUCUUGGUUGGCUUCAUAGAAAAAGAAAAACACCAGAAACAAUUGGCUGAUAAAUUAUUAGUUAGAUUAUUGAAAUGCCAGAAUGAAGCUCAAUGGAAUGAUAUUGCAUUCGUAUUGAAUUCAAUACCUUAUAAAAAUGAAAAUAUUAAUCACGCCCUCGAAGGUGGUUACACUUUGGUUCUGGCAAGACAAUAG